UUUUACACAAGAUUAACGACACUGAACAGUGUUACAAAUUUGCUUGUUUUCAUUUUGAAGUGUCAUUAUAUGGCUGUAAUGAUAUUCCGGUUUCAUUAACAAGUUGUACUACUAAAAGAGCAAAAUAUGUAUGUGAUUACCUUCAAUCAGUUAUGCUAACCAACUGUGAGAAAAGAACAUUGUACCUACUCAGUACAUCUCUUCGCUUCCUUCAAUAAACUUGCGAAUAUGAUCAGACCUCCUUAUUUUCGUCGAUGUGUUUGCCUCUUGGCCCAAAGUGUAAGAUGUAAUUCGACCUUUGAUUCUCAUUUACCAAAACCAAAUAUUAUCAAUUCAUCUCUGAGUAGUGUUGAGAUUCCAAACGUAACGGUCCCUCAAUACGUAUACGAGAAUUUUCAUAAAUUUCCUAAUAAAAUUGGAGUGGAAUGCGCUGCAACUGGGCGAAAAUACACGUUCGAAGAGAUCAAGACAAAAUCUGAUAAAUUACGAAAGGCCAUUCGAAAGGUGUUAAAUUUGCAAAAGGGAGAUGUGAUAGCACUUUUACUGCCCAACGUGCCAGAAUUUCCAAUUUGCGUUUUGGGUAGCCUUGAAGCUGGUUUAACGGUCACUACUAUUAAUCCAACUUAUACCGCAGUGGAAGUGAAAUAUCAGUUACUGGAUUCUAAUGCCAAGGCGAUUAUUACGUUAACUUCAUUGAAUCCGCUUGCUCAAGCGGUUACGAAGGAUAUUGAUAGCAAAAUAGCGAUUGUCAAUAUAAAGAAUGAGCCUACAGAGAAUUUACCUGUCGGCGCUAUGAAUUUUGAAGAGCUCGUCAACAUAGAUAUUAAAAUAGACGAAGCCGAGGUUGAUGAUGCAAGUAGUACAGCAUUUUUGUUAUAUUCAAGUGGCACAACGGGCCUGCCGAAAGGUGUCCAAUUGAGUCAUCAGAAUGUGGUUUCCAAUUUGUGUCAAACUAGCCAUCCUUUGCUAAAAAUUGCCCAUGAUACUUCUGAAACCGACCAGGAUGUGGUUCCUGGAAUCUUACCAUGGUUUCACGUGGCCGGUCUAAAUUCAGUUAUGUUGUUAUAUAUGCGCUACUUGUGCAAACUGGUUUCACUUCCCAAAUUUACCCCAGAACUGUUUUUAAAAACUUUGCUUACGCAGAAGCCUCAUUUACUACUUAUUGCACCUCCUAUUGUGUCUUUUAUGGCCAACCACAAUGCAAUCAAAAAGGUGCACUUACAACCAAUUAGAUCAAUUGUGUGCGGCGCUGCACCUCUCGACAGGAACGACGAAGAAAAGUUGGGGCUUAAGAGUGGUAAACAUUUAAACAUAUUGCAAGCAUAUGGCCUAACAGAAGCCUCGCCUUUCAUAUUGGCGACUUCGGCAGUUCGCAAGAAAGCGAUCGGGUUUUCAGGUUCAGUUGGAGAGGUGUUACCAAAUACCAUGGUGAAAGUCGUGCCGCCCGAUAAUCCGCACGCUCCGUCUCUCGGUCCGAAUCUUCCCGGCGAAUUACUAGUCAAAGGACCUCAAGUGGCAGUGGGCUACUACAACAAACCGAACGAUACCAAUAUAUCAUUCGUGAACGGUUGGCUACGAACAGGCGACUUGGUUUAUUACGACACCAAUAAGAUGUUUUACUUUCAAGACCGUCUGAAAGAACUUAUUAAAGUCAAAGGUUUCCAGGUUGCUCCGGCCGAAUUGGAAGAGCUGAUCAGAGCCUUUCCAGAUAUAGCGGACGCGGCGGUCAUUGGAGUUCCUAGUCAACGUUUCGGCGAGGUACCGCACGCCUACGUUGUGGUCAAACCGGACCGAAUCUUAAACACUGAGAAACUGUUGCAACAUGUCUCGAGCAACGUUGCUGAAUACAAGACCUUGAAAGGUGGAAUCACUGUAAUUGAUUCGAUACCGAAAAAUGCAUCAGGAAAAAUCCUUAGACGAGAAUUGAAGUUGCAGUACCAAUCAGAUAAUCGGUAACCCGUUCCUGUAUUUGUGAUCUAUUCGUUUAUUUUUUUGUUCCGCAUUAAACCAUAUUCUCGUCAAUGAAAAAGUAAACUAUCCAUAGAGGAAACAUGCUCGACCAAUAUUAUUAUAAAAACCGUAUAUUACAGAAAAUUAUCUAAUUUAAUUAAGCUUCGACUUUUGGAGGUAGUUGGUUUCACUAAAUCAAUCAAUUUAUAAGCAAAACAUUUUUUGAAUAUUUCUCUUGAGAAAGUUGGAGUAUACUCAUGGAUUUAGACAUAUUUUGGUACGAUUCCAUCAAUUUCUGAAGACUUAUACAGUAUACUCAAUUGGUUGUUAUUCUUUGCCGUAUUAACAAAUUGUUUGCUCUAAUGGUUUUCGAGUUUUUGAAAUUUUCCGAUUGAGACUCCAGCUUCACGCUGAAUAUUGUAAAAUUAUUAACUUUCUGCCUUAAUUUUGUGAACACUUAAUGCAAAGUUGCAUCCCUCUUAGUAGGUAACAUUCUCUUAAACAUGGCCGCCGAUAUCAACAACUAAUCAAAAAUUAGACACUAUUGUCGCCACUGUCUCUAUAAAGUCACUGUAACAGAAACUAA